AUAACUACCCUAGAUGAGUAGAAAGAAAUAUGUUAUUAUGAAAAGAAAGUAAAAAAAAAUGAAUUGUUGUCUUAUGUGUUACUUUUUUUCAAUGCAGAGAUGUAUUCAAGGAUAACUUAUGUUUUCAUUUUGUUAUUAUAUCUACGUUAUCAUGCAGUAUUGUCACAGAAGACAAUGCCGGUAGACAACCUAGUUCAAAGAAUAAAGGCACAAGUGUCAGUAACGAUGUCGAGUACCAGCAAUUAUAAUGUUCCAGAUACAUCCUGGGAUAGUUACAAUGCUGUAGACAAUGUCUAUCUAGGAGACCCAAACACAUGCAGGUGUUGUGCUUCAACAUCAGGUACCGAACCACCAUGGAUACAAUUAGACUUGGGCAGAAUUUAUAGAGUCAGUGUCAUUCGGAUAUUUGGACGAUCAGAUGAAGCAAACAUGGACCAGUAUCAGGACAUUUCAGUAUAUGUAAGCAACACGUCAUUAACAGGAACUAGUGGAAUGUUGAUAUAUAAUGGUAAUACGAAAAAUAACAGUCACUUGUAUGAACUACACGCAUCAAGUUCAUACCUAUUUAGAUAUUUGAUGAUACGACGUUCAGUUUCAAGUGUGUUGACAAUAUGCGAGAUAAAGAUUGUUCAAGAUACCAUCGAUCUGCUAAGCCUUUUACGAAAAACUGCAAUUACAAGUCAAUCCAGCAUGUUCAUGGAUAAUCCUCCAUACAAUGCGAUCGACGGAAUAGAUAACUAUGACGUAGACCAUUGUAAUUGCUGUAGUGUUACACAAGCAACGCCUUCCCCAUCGUGGUGGCAGGUAGAUCUAAGAGAAAACUACACGAUUUACGUGGUGGAGUUAUAUGGAAGAAGCGAUUUGGAUAACAACAAUCAACUACAAGGUGUUAAAGUGUAUGCAUGUAACACAUCGAACUGCUCGUCAGGCUCUGGAAAAUUCUUAUUCACUGUCCAAAAGAUCGUGAAUUCAACGCACUCUGUACAUUUUCUAAAUGAUCCAGUUGUUGCACAAAGUUUUGGAAUUCGUCUUUAUGGAAAUGUACUCACUAUUUGUGAGCUUAUCCUUUAUUCAGAUGAUAACAUUUGUAAUGUCGGAUGGUUUGGAAAAUCAUGUUUUCAAAGAUGCCAUUGUGCAGACAAUAAAGUAUGCAAUUCAACAACUGGGGAAUGCCAAACACCUUUAUGCUUCCCUGGAUGGGUUGGAUCUGCUUGCAAUGAAUCAUGUUCUCACGGAAAGUUUGGUCAAAAUUGUGCAAGUGAAUGUCACUGUUAUAAUGGAUCUUCAUGCAAUAAUAUCGACGGGUUAUGUUCAGUAGACCAUUGUGCUUCAGGUUGGCAGGGUAGUUCUUGCAGUCAAGGUACAAUAAAUGCAGGAAAGGUUGCUGGGAUAACCAUAGGUGGUGCCAUAGUUGUAGUCUGUUUUGUUAUAUAUGUAUGCGUAUUCAAACGGAAAAACAACAAAGGGAUACCUUAUAAAAGAGUCGACAAAAUGGCAGGAUGAAACAGUGAAAGGAAAACUACGUAUUCUUUGAAUCUUUUUACACCGUUUUUAUGAGAACAGAAAACCGCUUCUUAGUACUUUACCGAUGUAACAAAUAGUGAGAGAUGCUGCGCAAUUUCAUUUUAUUUCAUGAAAAGACAUAAUCUUUUUCUGACGUUAUUAUUUUUAAGAGAUUUUCACACGCCUGAAAUAAACUAUUUGGAAUUGUUGACGUCCACGCAGAAGCGCGACGUCCUUUUUGGAAUGCAUUCAGAUUUUGUGAAAGGGCAAUCGGCCCUUUCCGUCAGUUGUAACCGAAGACGAUCCGAUUGGUGAAAGGGUAGUCUUUUAUUUGAUUUUUAAAAACGAAACGGUCAUUCGUGUCGCUUUAUGGUAAUAAAUAAUCAACUGGAGAAAUUUGCAGGAAAUGAAAUGCAAACAUAUUCAACAAUAAAUUGCACUCUUAUAAAUGUAUCCAAACAAAUAUUUUAAGUAUAAACUUAGGCCAUUGUUUACGAAUUGUUUUAUCAUAGUAUCGUCAUUUUGAAAUUGUCAUUUCAGUAGGUUUCAUUCCGGUAAAUUAAAAGCUCCUUUCUUUUUUAACCCCCGAUUGCACUUCUUACAUUUGUUUUACCGUGAAUAUUUAAAUCGACCCUAAUUUCCUGAAUUUUUGCUGUUAAUUAUUUUUUGUUUCAAGGCAAUCGAUUUUAUGGUGGUUUGAAUGAAAUGAUGAUUUGCUGUAUACUGUAAAACUUUAACAACAGAAACUUUCGUCUACAGUUUUAACAUGAGGUGUUAUAGGUCUAUUAAUAGGAAUGUAGAGACACUGGUGGGUCAGAUGAGGAUUUUGAAGCAAUUGAACAAAACAGUAGAUUGAUCUCCCAAUAAAUCAAUUAACAAUAGCUCUUUAUUUAUCACUAAUGUCAAGUAGCUUUUACAUCUUUGACUCGCAUGAACAUGACGUUUGUGAAUUUCAUUAUACCUGUCUAAAAUUCAUGUAACAAUCUUCCAUUAUAUUGAUUUAAUUUUAAUGUACCAUUAUUUUUGUUAACGCUUAUGUCAAGACCAAAAUGAUCCUGAAUUUUGCCUUUUUGAAAUUCAUCUAAAAUUUUUCAUUCCAGAGUGUGUUCUGUGUCAAGUAUUUAUGUUGGACUUGAACUAUAACUACUGUGUAUUAAUAGAAACCAUGGUUUUAAUUUGACAUGAAAAAUUGCAUAUAAUAUUACCAUAUUGGUCACUUUUGUUACUAUUUUUAUAUAUUGUUUGUAUAUUUGCUACAUUUAUAAUAAUAAAAAACAGACUU